GAACUUUCAGUAAUAUCUGCGUCUGAUCUUUCAGUGCGACAUGAAGCAGAAACACGACUUGAAUCACAAAUAGAAGAUUGUGAUUUUUUAGUGAUGGUAAAUGUUUGGUCUAUCUUAAGCAAGGUAAACGUGCCAGCAAAACUAUGCAAGGAUACCUCUGUGGAAAUAUCUCCUGCAUUUUCAAUAAUAAAUAGUGUCACUGAUUAUUUAAUUGAUUAUCGUGGAAAUAGAUUCGUUUGUGCACUAGAGUCACUAAUAACAAAAAAUUGCUACAGAAUUAUUCGCAGAGACAGUUUUUAGAAAUAGAAGAAGGGGAAGACGGGGGCUGUUUGAAUAUGAGUGCAUUGACCGUAAUCAUUGACGAGGUUCCAAAUGCAGAUGGACCAGAUUUUUUUUUAAAAUCACGUGUUCAAUGUAAUACUGGACCGUGGAAAGAGCUAUAGGCCUACAUUUUUUAUAAGGAAAACUUGAACAGUUGCAAAGUUCCAAUAACACAUGGGAUUUUAAAUGGCCUAACAAAAUCUGUUAGACAAAGAUAAGCUCAAAAUAGCAUGUCAUCAUGAUUUGGAGAUUAAGUAUAGGCUAAGUAUCAAGAAAAGAUAUAGCCAAAGAAUUAUAUGUAGGCUUCCAAUAGAAGCCGCUAAUUUCAUUAAUAACCAUAAACACUAAUAGGUUUUUACAAGUUGCCAUGUCAAAUCUGUGGGUAGCGUUAAAAAAUAAUGCUUACGGUUACAAUAGGCCUACCGCCGGCGAUAUCAGCUUUAGUGAAAAGGUUUUAAAAAACAUAUUUAGAAUUAUCCAUGUCUCGAGACUGAGGCAAUUUUGUCUAUAGACAAUGAUAGUACGAAGAAUAUAAAUAUAAUAGGUGCAGUACAAAGAUGUGCUGAUAUAAAGGCUAGAGAAAAACAAUGGUCACCGCUAGGCUCAAAGGUCCAUUGUUGAUACUAUCCUGGCCAAAGAUCAUUGAAGGAAAACCCUAUUAUUUGUCAUUGUUUUCUUUUUUAAUCUAGGUAGGACUAAUAGACUCUAACCCCAUUUAUCUAACCCCUAGUUUUUGUCCUUGCAAACAUGUUUAUGAUUAUACUUGGGCGCCAAAGUUAAGGUUGUCCGAGGCGCCAGCAACCGUAUGGCCGGCCGUGGGAAGAUCGCAUGUAUACUUGCAAUUGGGCAUGUUAUGGGAAGCCCGGUGUAUUAUGGCACUUUUAUAAUAAAUGAUUAUUAUGGUUUAUGAUGAUGCUCAGAACAUUUGGGAACGUGAAGGGCUUAGCUAAGGUUAGUGGCACCCAGGGAGGACAACACUAUUUGUCCAACGCCCUUCUACGAAAAAAACUUUGUAAUUUGCUGAAACUGUCUACCCUAAAUAUAAAUUAAAAAAUUGCCGCCCAGUCCACCCUUCCUACGCCACUGGGUAAGUAAAACCUAGCACACUGUCCCAAAGCACAACCAUCGAUGACGAGGUUAACCUACGUAUUGCAAGGGCCAGUGCAACCUAUGGAAGAUUGACUAAGAACGUAUGGACCAGAAGAGCUAUCAACACUGAAACUAAACUGAAGUUAGGUAUAUCAGGCGGCUGUUCUCCCUACGCUUCUCUAUGCCUGUGAAACGUGGACAGUCUAACCAACGCCAUGAAAGAUUGCUGAACCACUUUCAUUCAAAAAGACUCAGAAAAAAUCCUCAGUAUUAAAUGGCAGGACAGGGUCCCAGACACUGAGGAGCUCACACGGGCAGGUCUCCCCAGCAUCUUCACAAUCUUGAUGAAGUUCCAGCUUCGCUGGGCGGGACAUGUUGUGAGAAUGUCAGUCUUCCCAAAAGAAUUUUCUAUGGUGAGCGUGAACAAGGAAAGCGGUCUGCUGGCGGACAGAAAAAACGCUUUAAAGACAACAUAAAAGCCUCACUGAAAGCGUUCAACCUAAACCUAGACACGUUGGAGGAACAAGCAAAGGAUCGAACUCCAUGGCGUUCCACUUUGCACAGGAGCUCCAUGCAACACGAAGUUGGCAGAACAGCGUCUGCAGAGCGCAAGAGACAUGCCAGGAAGGCCCGGUCUGACUCUGCUCCCGGGGAUGCGCCAUCAUUCCCCUGCACCUACUGCACAAGAGAAUUUCGUGCCAGAAUCGGCCUCAUAGCCAUCUGCGCACCCACAGACAGAACCAGCACAAACUUUGAUGAUUAAAGUGGGCAUAGUCGACCCCCGACUGACUAAACAACAAAGCCAAGUGUGGAGAGGGAGAACAGGGGUUCCAAUAUUUAAAAACUGGAAAUUUACAAUUUUAUUUCUUUAAAAUCAAAUAGUUUUUGUAAUUACAUGUUGUUGUUUAUUUUAAACAUGUAUGAUUCUAGGAUUACGAUUUAAUGCUAUUUUAAAUAUUGUAAAAUAGGAUUUAUUAUUUUACUGCGCAAGUCUAAAAAUUAAUUUGAUGUUCGUUUGAUUUUAACCAGCCAUCGCUUCCGGUAUUCGACAUUCUUCCUCUCCUAUCCUAGCAACGGUGAUAACAGACUGCAAGAAAUGGUAACACUAUUUGGAGUUAAUUUCUUAUUUAUUAUUGAUGUAUCCAUUAAUUUUAUAAUUUCCUUAAGUUAUACAAGGUAAAACGAAACACAAAAAUUAAUGUUAGAUUGAAUACGGACUUUAUUCACUUACUAUUUUGACUAAAUUAGGGACCUAGUGAGUCAUCGGAACAAUAUGAACAAGUUCUCAGUUCUAGUCUGGCCAAUCAGUCAAUUUAUUUAUUUUUAUAUUAAAAAUCUAUUAUAUAUGUUAACGAAUAAGUUUAAUUUUAAACCCCAAAAUCAAUUUAUUUCAUAAAGAAUUUUAAUUUGCCAGACUAGUACUGUAGAAAAGUGUCAGGUUAACGUGUGUCAGUCAGUGUCAAGUUGUGCUGAGACAGACUAUCAGGCUUAUACUUAUAUGCUCAGAAUUAGGAGUACUGACAUUGCAGUAUAAAAAUUAUAUAUUAUCUAAACCAGAGAUGGGUAACCAAUUUGUCCAGAGGGCAGCAUAGAAUUGCUUUAAUUUUUUAAUUUUUUUUUUGUCAGGCUGAAUCUUAUAACUUUUUAAGCUAGAGUUCUAGACCAUCAGUUCAAACACCAGACAUGUAUAUAUUUUUUGUAAACUUUUAUGCCUACUUUCAUUGUUGUUUUUAAUUAUCAAAGACUUUUACAAGUACUGUGAUCAUUUAAAAUUAGUAUAUUUACAAAAACAUUAAUCACGUUCCUGGUGGGUUUUGCAAGAUUAAGUGUUUCAGCUGGCUCAAUGUGCCCAGGGGGCCAUUAUUGUAUAACUAAAUAAAAUGAUUUGACAUUUGAAUUAAAAACAGCAAUGACUGCUCAUGCACAAUUUAUUUCCCUUAAAUGUUAAAAGGCAAUGAAUUUAGAGGAAUAUAAUGACAAAAAAAAUAAAUAAAAUAUGUUCACAUCAUACUCUAGACUUUAAAGACCAGAUCAUUCAUUAUGUUAUUUUAGAUUACCAAUUUUCAAUUUACUACAUUGUUUUAGGCUGCUGAAGUUGAAGAAACUCUUAAAAGGAUCCAAUCACACAAAGGAGUAAUUGGGAUUAUUGUUGUUAACAGCGAAGGUAUGGAUAUAUCAAAAUGCAUUGACCUAAAAUAAAGAUAUCUGUUCAGUUUCAUAAUUUUUAUAACACUUUACUUGAUAAAAGCAUUAAUGUUUAAUUAUGGGGAUAUUAAAAAAAUCUUUAAAUAUGCAAAAGUGCAGCUUUAUCCUUUCUAUAUUUUGCCAUGUCAGUUUAUCAGCAUAAUGUCUCUUCAUGCUGUUAUCAUAGGCUUUGACUGUCUAAUUAUUCUGAUCCACAUGAUCUUGGUUCUCCCACACCCUCUUACUACUUGUAGUUUCCACAUUAGUAUCUACCUGAUGAGCUUGCAUAAUAUUGCUUGUGUAUAUUUCAAAUCAACAAACACUCUAUUUAAUGUAAUAUUCUAUGGGUAGAAUGUUGGUAUCUUACCACAGUUUUGAAUUUGUUAAUCUGUCUGCCCAGUUGAUAUUUAAAUAAAAAUUAGACCAAUAUAUUCUAAGCUCAAAUAUGAAUUUUCAGGUAUUCCUAUUAAGACAACACUUGACAAUUCUACCACUGUGCAGUAUGCAAGCCUCAUCCACAGUUUGACCUCCAAAGCCCGCAGUAUAGUCAGAGAUAUUGACCCAACUAAUGACCUCAAAUUUUUGCGCAUUCGUUCUAAAAAGAAUGAAAUCAUGUGUGCACCAGGUAAUUUUUUUUUUUUAUUUUGUUGAACUAGGCAGAGCUAAUGAUAAGAUUAAGCUUCUGGAAAUGUUCUUUUCAAACUAAGGUAGCAGUUGAUUGGUAAAAAUUGAAUUGCUCUGAAAUAUUUAAAAAAAUAUUUCCCUUUUCCUUACAAAAAGCGUUCAUCUUAAAAUGUUGAGAAAAUGACUUAUGCUACUUGCAAUUAUUUCUAAUUGAAUAAAGAUUGCUCCCUUUUGUCAGUGAACAUGAACUCUAUUUGUUUACCUGUCAUAAUCAAUGUUAGUGAUAUAAUUGUCCUAUUCAAUGUUCCACAGAUAAAGAGUUUCUACUUAUAGUCAUACAGCAAGAUGAUCAAAGUUAACAGUAACAGCAGUGAAAACACCAUCUUAAUUAUGGCCUGCUUAUCAAAGCUUCCACACAGAAACUAAUUAAACCAUCUCAUUUUUUUUCCUUUUAAAGUAUUAAUUGCGUUUGGUACUUUUAAUAAAGAGAUUGUUUUAUAAUUUGUCACUUUCUAAAAAUGUUACCUUUUUUUUUUACCAUUUCCCCUUAAUUCCCAUGUGUUUCUAAAUUAUUUAUUAAAAUUGCCAUUUUUGCCUAAAUCAUAGAAGUUAUUUUUAGAUACUUAAGUAAUAUUUGAAUGAGGCCUGUGACUACAGCACCACACUAUACAGUUAUUCAAAAGAUUGAAAGUGUUGGCUGAUGAAACAAUACAUUUUAAGAGCUAACAAAUUGAAAAUGGAAUGUUCUCCCAAGUCAUUGACAUGUUGCUUUUUUAAGUAACAUUUCUAUAAACUGGAAUGAAAUGCUUUAAAUUGCACACAGUGGUAAAGUAAAUUCUAAUUUUUAAUAUUUUAUGUGUGUCUAUAUUCUUAGUCUUAGCUACUGCAAUCUAUUAUUUCCAUGCCCAAGAUGUGCUUGAUUUCCUUUUUUUAAAAUAAAUUUGUCAUUAUAAUAUAAUGACCUUUAAAGGGGUUGGUCAAGAGAUAAAUCAAAUACUAAUAGCAACCCUCAUUUGUUAAAAAAAUGUUUUAACUAGCCUGCUUUAAAAAAAAUUCUCUCAUUUUUUAUUCAGUUUUUUUUUAAAAUGUGAUUUAAAAUAUUUUACUUGAUAUUAUAAGGGGUGACAAAGUUUCUUUACAAUUUAUGAAGAGUUAUCAAAUUUUGUAUCCCUCCUUAACAAAAUAUUUUGAAUUAAACUUUUGAUUAAAGUUUUACAUUUAACAGCUGAAUGAAGUCAUGGCUAUUGUAAUUUAUUUUACUCAAAGCGUUUCUCACUCACUUCAUUUGUGGUUAAUAAAGUGUACAUGUACCCACCUGAAUGUGACAGUUUGACUAGAUUAUCAUUAAAUUAUCUCACUCUUCAUGGGUUUUUUUUAGUUUUCACUUCGGAUGAAUGUGAUGAAUUUAAUUUUCUCUGGCUAGACAUGUAUUCUUAUACAUGUUCUCAUAAGCCUUAAGUUGAAGGUCACUUCCAGUUUUAUAUAAAAAUGUGAUUGACUCAAUUUAUCAAGAUUUCAAUUCAUUGGGAUAGAAUGCCAACAAAAAAUUUUUAAAAAUAAUUUUGAAGCAAAAAAAUGAUUUUAUAGAGUUUAAGUGAUGAAAUUAGUGUCAGCAAUAUUAACGUCCCACUAGCGCAAAGCUUUAAGUUUGUUAGAUUAGUUUGUGCCAUCUUAAAUUGUUAACCGCCAUUUCCUGUGGCUUAUUAACACAUUGCAAAAUGUUUCUAAUAAACCUCUGUCAGGUUUAAUUAUUUUGUAACAAUGAAAAAUGAGAUACAAAAAAAAAGUGGACAGUUGUUAGAUAUAGCAUAGUAGUAUAUAUAUAGCUUAUGCAGGAAAAAAUCUGGCUCAACCUUUGAGAUGAACUAACUAUAAUUAUUGAGACAAGGAAUCACAUAUUCAUGAGGAUAUUUUCUGUUGUCAUUGUAAAGAAUCUUUUUAUUAUUAUUAUAGGUUCCCCCAGAAGUACUGGAGUACUAGGGUAGUCUCUCUUUAAAGUCUACCCUUGCUGUUCUCUUGGCCUUGUGGCUCUCUUAUUUGUUCUGCAGAUCGUCCCGACCUUGGCUGAAAACCAGGAAGAUAUCAUGUUCCCACCAUGGGUUUGAAACUAAACCCUGAUAUUAGUAAAAAAGCCAAGAAGCUAUCAGGUUUUUCUGGACUUAUUUCAUCCAAAAUAAACAAGAGGUAGCUGCUUAUUUAAAAUAUUGUUUUUUAUUUCAUUAGCUGAUUUAAAAAUAAAAUUUCAUUAGCUGAUUUAAAAAUAAAAUUUCAUUAGCUGCUUUAAAAGUAACAUUUCCUUUUAUUUAUUAGCACUUAAAUCUAUAGGAAAAUGGCUCAAAUAAAAUUAAAAUUUAUGAAUUACCAUUCU